CAGCCGCUGCCGGCCAAUCGGAUUCUGAGUUCUACCGCUACAUUCUACAGUCGACUUUCAUCCUCCGGGGCGUGUGGGUCUUCGUGGGGAAAGAAAAUGCAGCCUAGGUACAGUGUCUUGGCGUCCGCGACCUUAGCGGUGUGGUAUCUCACCGUGUGGCAGGCGUGCGUGUGCGGCAAAUCCUUAGUAGCGCCGUCGGAGCUAAACUCCCUCGGUGCAGGAUCCCGGCAGGAUCCCGCAGGCAACAGUGUGCUGGCAAGUGCGACGGAAUCGUUCACCACGGAGAAGGAGGACAUUGCAACGAACGCCCCAACGACGACCACUAUCAGCGCGUCCGGUAACGAGGUGCCGUACGAUGACAUACCCACCUUCAACCGCAAGCAGGUGUCGUUGGAUCUGCCGGGUGAUUUGUUUUCCUCCACCGCCAAUCUGACACUCAGCUUGCGUAACUUUAUCGCCGAUUUAAUAACGCGUACCUCGGUGCGUAUUGCGCAGGUGGUACGGUUCUUUCAGCCCCUGUUCGGAUACCAUCUGAUGAUUGACAUCCCGAAGGAGCUGGAUGUUUAACGCGGUGUGCCGCACUCCACCGCACCCAAGACAGCGAAAACCGGGCCGCCACGUGAACGGUGAAUGCGGCAGUAAUAAUUUAUUAAGCCUGGCUCUGUGUAUCCUGGUUGUGUUGUAAUUAGUCUAGAAUUAAAUAAUUUAUCGCUCUCUCUCU